AGACGAGUUUUUAGUCGAGCAUGGAUGACGUAGCCGAGACGCAUGUCUGACUGAAGGAUGUUGAGGCGCUUCGGGGGAGUUUUUUUACGAGAGCAUAUACGAAACAACCCGAACAUUUCCACUGUGCUCCGCAGCCUCAGCUCCCCAGCUUUUACUGCUAUUAAUUGUGCACCGAAUGCCCUAAUGGAAGCCAAAUUAUACCAGCCGCCGCCACAGGUCCGCGGCAUGACGUCUCUGGACAAAGAAGCCUUCACACAGACAAUUGUUGUACCAGCUCUACGGGUGCGGACGCGGCUCAUCAACAAAGUGACGAAGAGCUUGAAAAAGUCCACCAUCCAGCGUCCAGGGAUAUGCAGAGUAGUCCAGGACAAGGAGAACAGUCCAGACUUUAAGCUGGUGCUCCUGGACCCUCACAGAGUGUCCUCCCUAAGCUCCCUCAGUGAGGUGGAAGCAGAGGCUUUGAGGUCAUUUGAUGUUCUGGAGGAGUUGCAGUACUAUGAACUGAAGUUGACCUACGAGAACCUAAAGAGCGAAGAGGUGCUGGAGGCCGUGCUCCCACGGGGUCAAGAUGUGACGUCUGCCUUCAGCCGAGUGGGACACAUCGCACACAUGAACCUGAGGGACCACCAGCUCCCGUACAGGAACCUCAUUGGUCAAGUGAUCAUGGACAAGAACCCUGGUAUCACAUGUGUGGUCAAUAAGACAAAUAUGAUCGACUCGACGUAUCGCAACUUCAAGAUGGAGGUGCUUUCUGGAGAGGAGAACAUGGUCACCAAAGUGAAAGAAAACGGUGUGACGUACGAGUUUGACUUCUCUCGCGUGUACUGGAACCCGAGGCUCAGUACAGAGCAUCAGCGCGUGGUGCAGCUCGUCAAACGCGGCGACACCGUCUUUGACGUGUUUGCCGGCGUGGGACCCUUCGCCAUCCCGGCAGCUAGAUUGGGUGCCAACGUUUUAGCCAAUGACCUCAACCCCGAGUCUUACAAGUGGCUGCAACACAACAGCAAAGUCAACAAAGUGGAAGGCAAAGUCAAGACCUUCAACAUGGACGGCCGGGACUUCAUCCGAGGUCCGCUCAAACAAGAACUUCCCACGUUGUUGAGAGGAAAAAGCGGCGUCCACGUGGUCAUGAACCUUCCUGCUUUGGCUCUGGAGUUUCUAGAUGCCUUCAAGGGCCUCCUGUGUCAGGAGUCUGUACGUGAGGAAAACGUUCCCAUAGUUUACUGCUAUGGCUUCUCGAAAGAUGACAACCCAGAGAAGGACGUGAUGGACAAAGCAUCCCAAAGCAUCGGGUUCCCUCUGGAGAAUCGCUGCUCUGUGCAUUUUGUACGGAACGUAGCGCCCAACAAGGAUAUGAUGUGUGUGAGCUUCCCCAUACCCAAAGAAGUCCUCUUCAGCCACACUGAGUCUUCAGAGGGACCGGCACCCAAGAAGCAAAAGUGCGAGACAACUGACUCAACAUGAAAAUACAUUCAAUAUCACAUCAUGUACUUCAUACGAGGAAAUAUUUGCGUUGGUCAUUUUAAAUAUCUUUCUUUCAACAUACUCAUCACACAUUUUUUACUUUAUAUUCUUGUGCUGUAAUCAAUGUUAAUACUGGUUGCUUAUGAAGAGGAUAACAAGAUCAAAAAGAGACUAGACUCUUAAAUACUCUUAAAUACUCUUAAAUACUUCUUAAACUAAAGCAACUUAGCUUUAUUUGUACACAAAGUACACGUAGUACAUAUGUUUAUCCUUCAGAAAAACUUAUUUUGUUGGAAAGAUCUGAUCACCGAUGUAGUCAUGUAUCAGUAGUGCUGUAACAAAUAAUCUAAUUAAUCGAUAUAUUGAUUAAUUAAUAUUAAUUAAUCGAACUAUAUACUUUGGUAUUUGAUUAAUCAUUUAUUUUAUUAAAUUUCUUCGGAAUUCAGUGAGUAUUUUAUAAUUUCCUAAGUCAUCUAUAAAACCAGGCCGGCACGGCACGGCGGUCUAGUGGUUAGCGCGCAGACCUCACAGCUAGGAGACCAGGGUAUUUGUGUUUCACAUCAAUUGCUAAUACAUUUGUUUGUGCACUUCCUGUAUUCAACAUGUUCCGUUUACCCAUUUUGAAAAUAGUAACCAUGCUUAUUGAAAUGCCUUAUUUUCGUGCAUUGUUUGAGUUCCAUAAUUUGAUUCCACAUAUUGAUAUGCGCGCAGACCUCACAGCUAUGAGACCAGGGUUCAAUUCCACCCUCGGCCAUCUCAUGUGUGGAGUUUGCAUGUUCUCCCCGUGCAUGCGUGGGUUUUCUCCGGGUACUCCGGUUUCCUCCCACAUUCCAAAAACAUGCUAGGUUAAUUGGCGACUCCAAAUUGUCCAUAGGUAUGAAUGUGAGUGUGAAUGGUUGUUUGUCUAUAUGUGCCCUGUGAUUGGCUGGCGACCAGUCCAGGGUGUACCCCGCCUCUUGCCCCAAGACAGCGAUCCUCGUGAGGAAAAAGCGGUAGAAAAUGAAUGAAUGAAUGAAUCUAUAAAACCAGACCUAGUAUCUUUUGUUAUCAGACUACGGCUGUCCUACCUAGUCAUUGUGCAUCAACUUGAUGAAGCCCGCUUGGAUGAGAGGCGAAAGCAUCAAACAACGUCAAUGACCUGGACGUAUGAGAAUAUUCACAGGCAUAUUAUUUUUGUGUUUUAAGCAAAAUAAGACUUUAACUUGAAUUUUUGUUAAUUUUUUGGUUAAUCAUUACUUUCCAUACUUGCGUAGGAGUGAGCCACCAUAUACGUGUUUUUGAUUGGAUGGAUUAAGUUCCGGGACAUUUGAAGAAUAACAGAGAGACAAUUUCAAGUCCCAUAGAAUUGCAAGAAAAUUGUGAUUUAUAUUUUUUGCAGAAUCAUGCAACCCUGCAUCAUAUUGACAGAUUUUUGUUUCUUUCAGUUUACAAUCACAAUCAUAAACAUUGCAUCCAUGAGGAGCUGAAUACAAAUCUUGCAUUGAAUGUCAUAGAAUGUUAAAUAAAUUGCUGAACACAUUGUGGGAAUUUUGAUUUAUUUAUAUAUAAAAUACAUUAAAAAAAAUGAUACAUUACUGUAAUCGCUGACCACCGUGAUAGUGUUUGUCCUCUUGGGUCAUGUAUUUGUCGUCCAUAAGUCGUCGUGAGGUCAGCCUGUUAGUGAAAAAAGGCCACUGAAAGCAUCCUGAAUGGCUCGAUGACACGCCAAAGCUGAGCUGUAUCCUCCAGCUGUGUCCUGAGGCAUGGCCGCCCGCACGUGGUUCAAGUAUCUGUAAACACACAAAGCCCCCCCCCAAUCAGUGAUGUCAUUGGAGGUAUUUUGUAAAUAACACAAACUGACAGCGUGCAGAGUAACCCGAGUGUACGUUUAUCCAUCAUUAAAUCCACACUUCUUAAGUUAUUUUUCCUGGACCUUUUUUUCUCUCCUUUGAUGAGAUUAACGUAGACAGAGACAGCCGUGUCCUAACACUGGGACACCUUGUGCUCAAAAGCCUUUACAACACGGCUCUAUUAAGGUAUUAUAGGCGUCUCUCUUGUUUUAAGUGCUUACAGAUGUAACCUGCAGCGGCCUCUCAGGUCCUUAAGCAAAGCUCAAAGUCACUGUUUACAUUUUCACACAUAAAAAAAAAGGAGUAAAAUAGUCUCCUCAGUCAUAGUUGACCACUAUCAACUCUUAAGGACACACUUUUUUUUUCUUUUUCAUCAUUUUUGAAAAUGUCCAGGUCUCAAAGAUCUAGCUCCCACUAUAAA